ACUACAGAGGGAAUACGAUGAGCAGAGAACAACUCACAAAUUCUGGCAGACAUCUGGAGUUGAUGCAAUUUAUUUGUUCUUAAUCAUCACAUUUGUUUUAUUAGAAGCUCCGAGGCGAAGAUCACGGAUUCUUCCUGAAGAACUCGGAAAGCUAGUCCAAGCUCACUCAGCCUGUCGUAAUGGUCCCGAAGCCCGAAGCGUCCACCUUGAUGGAGAACUCUAAUGGUACUAGUGUAUUCCAACUUUGUGUGACUCAAGGCGAACCGACGCUAGUGACUCCUGCUGAGGAGACAGAGAACGGGCUGUACUUCCUCUCGAACCUUGACCAGAACAUUGCGGUGAUAAUCCGCACGAUUUAUUGCUUCAAGUCGAUCGAGAAAGGCAAUGAGCAUGUUGGAGAAGUGAUCAAGGGUGCCUUGAAAAAGGUCCUUGUGCAUUACUACCCUCUUGCUGGGCGCUUGACCAUUAGCCCCGAGGGAAAGCUCAUCGUGGAUUGCACCGGAGAGGGAGCAAUUUUUGUCGAGGCUGAAGCAAAUUGUACUCUCGAAGAGAUUGGAGACAUAACUAAGCCUCAUCCUGAGACGCUUGGGAAAUUGGUUUAUGAUGUUCCAGGUGCUAAGAACAUACUAGAGAUGCCACCCCUGGUGGCUCAGGUGACUAAAUUCAAAUGCGGAGGGUUUGUUCUAGGGCUGUGCAUGAAUCAUUGCAUGUUUGAUGGGAUUGGAGCUAUGGAAUUUGUUAAUUCGUGGGGUGAAACAGCCAGAGGGUUGCCUCUCACAACCCCACCUUUCCUUGACCGAACUAUUCUGAAAUCCAGGAACCCGCCUAAGGUGGAAAACCUUCAUCAGGAAUUCGCUGAGAUAGAAGACAAGUCUAACACGGCUGAUCUCUACAAGGACGAAAUGCGAUACAGUUCUUUCUGUUUUGAUCCCGAGAAGCUUGAGAAGCUAAAGGCUAAAGCAAUGAAAGAUGGGGUUCUUGAGAAGUGCACCACUUUUGAAGCUCUCUCGGCAUUUGUAUGGAGAGCUCGAACUAAGGCACUCAACAUGGUGCCUGAUCAGCAGACAAAACUUCUCUUUGCAGUGGACGGGCGCCCUAAGUUUGAACCUCCUCUUCCAAAAGGGUACUUUGGAAAUGGAAUCGUGCUCACCAAUUCCAUAUGCGAAGCUGGUGAAAUUCUGGAGAAACCACUUUCUUAUGCAGUUGGGCUAGUUCAGGAUGCAAUCAAGAUGGUCUCGGAUGGUUACAUGAGAUCGGCCAUAGAUUACUUUGAAAUAACAAGAGCAAGGCCAUCUUUGGCUUGCACCCUCUUGAUCACAACUUGGUCAAGGUUGUCCUUUUACACCACGGAUUUUGGAUGGGGCGAGCCCAUCUUGUCGGGGCCUGUGGCAUUGCCCGAGAAGGAAGUGAUUCUGUUCCUUUCUCAUGGGACUGGGAGGAAAAGCAUCAAUGUGCUUCUUGGUAUGCCUGCUCCUGCUAUGAAGAUCUUCGAAGAACUGAUGCAGUUCUAGACAUCAGUUCUAGAUAGAGAAGACCUCUCUUGCUUGGUGAUUUAUUUAUGUGCAGGAUCCCAUAUUCUCAAAAUUCAUUUCGAUGUAUGAUCUUACUUAUGUUGUUCGAUUAUCUCUAAGAAAAUAUUAUGUUGGCUGUUGGCAUUGGAUAGUGUGGAAUCCAAAUAAAUUAGAUUAGAGAUGGUUUAUGGCUG